AUGAUUGUUACCACAAUGAAGGGUGUAGUUACCUUCAUUAAUUGUUUACUAAUUACUUGUGUGCUUAUUGGAUGUUACACACCUGCACAUGCACGGUCGAACUUGGACGUGUGUGCCAGGUUACCUAUACAUACGGUUGCCCCAAAAUCAAACGGCACUGGGGGAUUCCAAAUAUUAAUUAAGGAUUUACCUGAGAAUAAAAAAUACAAGCCAGGCGAAACAUACACAGUUACAAUAAAUGGAACAAGACCAGGAUAUACAGUUUUUCUCGGAUUCAUGAUGGAGUCGGUAUCAGAGAGAAAUGACAGCAUCAAUCUUGGAACAUUUUCGUUUCCUCGAGAUGGGCGUGUCCAGAAGGCUCCAGACUGUAAUCGCACAGUGAUUACACACAGAUACUUAAUGAUGAAGAAGCUAAUUACUGUCAAGUGGCAGGCCCCACCAGCUGGUUCAGGAUGUGUCAUCUUGAGAACUGCUGUCAUAGAAAAGUCAAAUACAUGGUACAAGGAUGAAGGAAAGCUCUCUGUCCAUAUGUGUGAAGAAGAGGUGAGCACGGCACCACAAGGGGAUGCUACUGUACAAGAUGGUGAGAGUUGCUGCGCUUGUGGGGGUGCUCGAUACAACCUACACUUCAAGGGGCUCUGGUCCAGACAGACACAUCCUAAAGGAUUCCCUGAGGAAGAAGAUGAGUUGGUCCUGAUGCAUUGGUCACGGUUGGUUGGUGCCAGUCAUUCUACAGAUUACAGUAUCUGGGAAUAUGGACAACCUGCCACAGAAGGAGUAAAGGAGCUCUGCGAGUUUGGGUCCUCACUCAAACUACAAAAGGAGAUGAGGCAAAAUGAUCCACAGAUCAAGACGGUGAUAAAGACUGCACCACUGUGGGGAUACAAGCAGUUACGAAAGAGUAUGAAUGCCAACUUCUAUGUUGAUCAGAACUCCCACUACUUGUCUGCGCUCAGUAUGAUAGGCCCAAGUCCUGACUGGUGUGUGGGUGUGACACGCCUUAAUCUAUGCCAGACCAAUUGUACCUGGGCUGACCAGCUUGAAGUUGACCUCUUCCCCUGGGAUGCUGGUACAGACAGUGGACUUACAUAUCUGGCAAGGAAUAUCGCUACCAAUCCCAAAGAAAAUAUCCACAAGAUCACAAACCGCUUCCCCAGCCACCCUGACUCACCAUUCUAUGGUCCGGAGAAGAUUUUACCCAUGGCUCGCCUAAGGAUCAGUAAGAAAUCUGAGCAGACUUGUGAUGAUGAAACCACAGACAAUAACUCUGGUGAAUCGGCUGUCAGUACAAGUGUCCUUAUUGAACGAAUGAAGAAGAAAAUGAUGAUGAAGAAGAAAAUAGAGAUGGAGAAGUGCUCUACCACAGAGUGGUCAGCCUGGGGUAACUGCAACAGUACAUGUGGCACUGGGUACCGCGAGCGGCGACGAUUGCUCAACAACCUUCGUAUCUCAGCAGUGGCAUGUGAUAUUGACCUUACCGAGAGGGAGGCAUGUGAAGGUGACUGUAGGCCUACCCACAGAAGGAAAGGACCAAAGGAACUUCCUGACGACUAUGUUAUCCGACAUGAACUGGACAUUAUUGACCUGAACAACCCUUGUGCUGUGACCCAGUGGUCAGAUUGGGCCCCAUGCAGUGUAACAUGUGGUAUUGGAAUUACAGAGCGUUGGCGAAUGUUCCUCUGGAAAAACAACUCAACAUUGUGUCAGAGAAAGCCACGUCUGAUGGAGAAGGACUUGUGCUUUGGCUAUAUCCGUGACUGUAGGAAAGCUAUCAUGAUGAAGAACUACUCCGUUAUCUGCACAACACCAAUGGAAAUUGGACCUUGUAAGGGGCUCUUUCCGCGAUGGUUCUAUAACAGCGAAGAAAAAUCGUGCCAGCCAUUCAACUAUGGUGGUUGCCGUGGAAAUGAGAAUAAUUUCCGUUCAGAACAAGAGUGCACAAUGACUUGUGACCUUGCAAUGGCUAGUUUGAAUGAAGGACCUACAAAUGAGGCAACAAUCAUGAGGGAAGGCAAUGUGAACAUGAGGCCAAAGGUCAUAGUGAGUCCAAAUAGACGAGGCAGGAAGAGGAAGCCAAGCAAGAGAGAUAAAAAGCUUAUGAGGAAAAGGAAGAAUAAGAAGGCUAGACGACUACAGCGCCAACGUGAACGAGAACUGGGAGGAAGAGGAGAAACCUCCAAUGAUGGACCAGCUACCAACUGUCAGGUCUCGGCCUGGACCGAUUGGUCACCCUGCUCUGUCACCUGUGGCAAAGGCUUCAUGAUGAAAACCAGGACAGUUGAGGUGGAAGCUCAAAAUGGAGGCAGAUGUUCACGAAGGCUGUCAAAGAAAAAGAAAUGCAGGAAAGAGAAUAAAUGUCCGGUGGAUUGUGUACUGUCAGAAUGGGGUGAGUGGACACCCUGCUCUCACACCUGCGGGGACAACGCUGUGCAGAAACGUAGAAAACGAGUCAUAAAACGACCAAAGCGAGGUGGAAUGGACUGUCCACCACGCAGGGAGAAGAAAUUCUGUAUCUUGCCUGUCUGUCCAAACACAGAUGAGAUGGAAGAGAUGAUGAGAGAUGCUUUAUUUUCGAAUCCACAGUCAUUCCCAUGACAACAAAAGCAUAGUGUAAAAUAGUGGACAAGUUCAUCUUAUCAUACAUUCUCAUGGGAACCGAGUAACCAUCAUUGUGUGGUAGCAGCAGCAGACAUCUAAAAACUUUUCUGAUUGGAUAAGAACUGCUGAUGGACAUGGUCAAACACGGGGUAGUGAUGCCCUGUCUGUACCUCUUUGUCCUUUGAUGUUUCGUAUUUAUAGAAAAUAUGAAAUAAUUUCCCAUAAACUGUGAUUUUUCUUUUUUGAUGAACUUUAUCCUGAUGACCCCACUGUGCAAUGUAAUACUAGAACAAUCGGUUGUUCAAUAUGUAUUACAAAAGAUGGGAUACAAAUUUGAAAAUUGAGGAUUCACAGCACACAUAAAAGUCUUUCAUCAUAUCAUCUUCUGUUAUGAUCAUAUAAGCUUUGUUUUUUUGCCUCAUUAAUGCCCACAUUUUGGUUCGAUGUUAUUACCCAUGUACCCAUGCUUUCCUAGCUGAUAUGACUACUCUAUGUACUGGAAAUGAAGAGAUUUUGUUGAUAUUUGUUCGUAAUGCAUCAGUAUAUAUGGCCAAUUUAAAGGCUCUUUUUAUCAUUUUUUUGCUCUUUUUCAAUUAAAUUCAGAUCAAGAAGGACAUAACAACUGUAACCAUGUACAGAGCCAUAAACAGCACUAUAAUCUGUCAUUUUAGUGAUAUUUUUACCAAAAUGUACAGCUGGUGGAGGCAUUAUGUUAUAAUUGACUGUACAUUCUGUUAGUGUAAGAUAUAUAAUAUACAUAUAUAUAUCUAUUGAAAAAAUCCUUGAACUGAAAACUGGCACAGAUAUUCUGGUUAUCAUAGUUAAAUUGACAUUUUCAUUUGAUGUGCACUUGUUACACAGGUUGACAUUUUCUCCAAAUACUUUAAUGAAUAUGAUAUAUUGUCUACCUGUGCAGAAUACUACAAACUACUACUUUAACUGGCCUAUGGGUUAACUGGCAUUGCCUUUUACUGGUAUGGUCAUAUAAGUUAAGAUGUUUCUUCGAUGGUCACAGUUUAUUUCAAAUCCAUAACCUUUAGUUUUUGAAAUCUUUUACAUCUCCAGUGUUAGGAUAAUAAAGUAUAUUAAAGACAUGUUGCCCAAUAACACUUGCUAUGCCAAGUUAGUGCAUUCAUCUAGACUACCUCCAGUAGAACAGAUUCCACUCAUUAAAUCAAAACGAGUUGUAAGACAGGUAUAUUGCCCCCUCCACUUUUGUUUCUUCUCUUAUGCACAUACCGGUAUGUAUAAAGUUGUCUAUGUGUGUGUGUUCCGAUAGUCGUUUACAUUUAGUACGACUCCUGGUUCAUGGUGAUUUGGGCCAGUAUAUCACAUUCUUCAUCUGAAUAUUUGAAUCUCAUUACAUCAUAAUACGAAAUGUAUAUCAUUAAUGGCAUAUUGUGUGCAUAUAGAUAAUACUUGUUGAGGUAGCGUUGUUGAUUGUGUACAGUGUAUAUAUUUCUGUUGUAUAGUAUGUGUAUAGUAGGUAGGGUUGUAAAUAUUAAAUAGUUAAUAUACAAUUAUUGAACUAUAAAUCCAGAUAUGUGUCACACAAACUUCUUUUAUACCUGUAACUUUCAGUGCUUUAUAGGUAAGUUAAAACAAUCAAUAUUGGAUUACACCUAUAACUUCCCCUCUACAUAUGUAGAUUUUUCUUAGUAUCUCUAUAAUUUUUUGUUUCGGUAGAAGAAUCUUUGUAAAAACCAGGUAUCCUUAUGAGACUUUACGUAUUCACGAAUGUCAGGAUCAAGUAGCUAUGCGAAAUACUGCUUACAGAAAAAAUAAAUAUUCUGAACAAGCAGUGUUAAAUAUAUCAGAUCACUGUCAUAAGACAAAGAGUUGCUUCUUGCUUAAAUAGAAAUUCACAAUAGUUUGACAACCUCGUUCUCUUAUUUUAUAUUAUCUUAUACUCUUAAUGGGUUUAUAGCUCUGUUAACAGCCAGGGUCAUUUUUGUGGCAGGAUCGCCUCAUAAUAGCUGGUGGCUACCUCACUGAACAGCUUGUGGGAGACCUUUAGCUGGCUAGCGAAAGAAAUUGUUGUAACAUGUCUUGCCCAAAGACACAACCACAGCAGUACAGGACGGUCCAUGACUUCAGCUUUCUGAGAAAUACAAAUUACUCUGAGUUGGGAUCAGACUACACACCUCAGAUAUAUAAACCUAAGAGUUUAAUCUGAUGCUCUACUGACUGAGCUCUUCAUUGUUGCAUAUGUAGACAACCCAGGGAAAUGUCAUUUCUUCGAUAAUGAGUUCUUCACUUCUCAAACUACACAAAAUUUAUCCGAUUUUGUCACUUCUCAUCUUAGAAUUAAGAUCAAAUUUUAAAAGUGUCAAUUAUGUCUGAUCAUAAGUAGACUUGUGUAUAGAGAAUACAUGGGCAGUGUCUUAAUUUUUUUUUUAAUCUGACCUUGACAUUUCACUGAAUAAUGCCAAAUGACAUACACCAAAGUAAUUGCUCUGUUCGGAAAUACAGUUCAAACUUAAACAGAUACAGCAAUUUUAUGAAUUUUCUCAAGAGAACUAGUUCAUUCCAGUGAUAUCUCCUAUAAAGUUAUUCACAUUCUAAGAUGUAAUAUUUAUAUAAAUCAGUAAGUGAUUCAGUGUUCAUGUUAAAAUACAGCUGGUUUUAGUCAUUGCCAAACACAGAAAAAAAUCUGACAAUGGCAGCACUAGGUUUAAAAAAAAUUCUGUGUGCACGAAACUUACAAAGAAGAUUGUUUGAAUUGAAAAUCAAGAAAUUGGUCUGCAAUACUGGAAAUAUCAUACAUGGACUUUCCUGAUGUUAAAAUGAUUGAACAGCUGAAUUACUGCAUAGCUGUGAAAAACCAAACCAGGUGAAAUAAUAUCAAAAUUAGGGAGUUGUAUAUUUAUCAUUGAUAAAUGUAAUAACAUUUUUUUCUGUUUUUUUCUCUCUCUCUCUUGUUUCUUUUAACAAAAUAAUUUUUUACUGCCUUUGAAGGUUCUAAGUGACAGUCAACAUUUAUGUUAAUUCUCUUAAUGUUUUUUUCCAGGUGUGUGUAAGUUGGAGAGAAAAAAUAAUCAUCAAACAAGCAUUUACUGUAGUUGGGUACUAGAUAGGUGAUGAGUAUGAAAGAAACUAAACUGUGUUUUCCCUAACUGAAAUUUUCUUUGAAUUUCUUUAAGACCUGUUGAGCUAUAAAUACAUGUAGUAGAUAUAUGCUGCCUAUUCAAAUGCAUUAAGUAAAAUUGUUUUGGAUAGUGAGGUACAUCAUCAGAAUUUCUCUCUUGGCAAUGUGUCCAUUAAUUCUCUGUAAUCCUACCUCACCUUAACAAAAAGUGCCUUCCUACAAUGAAAAUCUGGUACAUUUUAUACAAACUACACUUUAACCCAGUAAUUUAUUUUGUGAACUACAGAUGUGAUGAUAAUGUUGGAUACUAGACUGAUAUUUGGGACACACGUUCCCGUCGAUAUCUGACCAAGUGUAUUGUCCAUCCAGAUUGUGUUGAGUUGUAUGUAUUACUGUUGUACAGUCAGAAAUUUAUUGUAACACAAUGAAACUCUUCAAAUAAAUUCUACAAAAAAUA